CAAACGCCACAAGAAACCUCUAAAAGUGGACCAUCAUCCUAUAUUGGAUCCCCAGUAUCAGCUUGCAACGCCACAACAAAGCCUUAACGACUCUAUUGUGGAUUUAUUUUUACGCUUCAAUCAAAUAAUGUGCACAGAGGUAAAUUCUGCUAUGGGUCUACAAGCCACAGCCGCUACCAAGCGGAAACAUGAUUUAACAUUCGACUCCAAGGACACAAAUACUUACACAAAUUGUCCGCCUCCAAUCAAGGCCAGCAAAUGGUCGUUGAACAACAACAAUUACGCCGAAGCCACGCAGGAGCAAAAAGUUACACAGCUCGCCAAUGGCUGCACCAAAUCGGCAAAUAACAACAAUGAAAAUAAAAACUGUCAAAUUUCCUGCAGCAACUUAUCAUCCAUUAGUCUUAGAAAUGGUAAAGAAGUUCCAAAAUCAACGUCAGCAAGUGCGACAAUUUUAAAUAGCCUAGUUGCAGCUGCCUUGCCCGCCCCCGCAACAGAAGCCGACAAAACCACACCCUUGCCGCCCACAUCUACGACACCCGUUCCGGAGGACAGCAUAGCUAAACUUGAGGUGGUAGCAAAUGUUGCUUGUGAACCCUGGUCCUCGACGCCCGAACCUGUAGACUGCAUAUCCAAAUUGCAAGCGGUAGCAGUGCCCAGUGAUCCAUGGGGCAGUAUUUCGACACGCUCAACAUUGGCCACAACACUCCUCAGCGCUGAUGAGCUGGACGAUGAUGACGAUGAUUUUGAAGAUGACUACGAAGAAGAAGAAAGUAUUAUUCCAACAUAUUGUCCGCUGAGAUAUCACACAUUCCCCUCAUCAAAUUCACCAAAUUCGUCCAGCCUGCAGGGUUCGCGCAUGAAUGGCAAUUUCUCAUCCUCGUCGUUACAAAGCUAUGGAUCUAGGCCCAACUACUAUUCAGAACCAUUCCCCCAACAGAACUGCUCCAGGACAGCUAGCCAGCCACAUAUGAGAAGCAACAGUCCAAACGGUUUCGUUUGGACCAACGCUGGUCCCAACAACUCAUCCUUCUAUGCGUCAUCGGACUCCACCUACAACACACAACAGUCACAACAACAAACAAUUCGCUGUGCAGAAAAUGGAAAGUCGUACUUGGAAUUAGGCUGCAGCAGCCCAGCACCCAAUGCGAGUAUCAGUCCAGUUCUGCAACCCACUUCGCCAUUUUUGGGUUCGGCUCUUGAGGCCAGGCAUUCCCCCAUGAAACGCUGCUGUGAUGGCCGCGGCACCUGGUGCAGUAACAAUAAGAACUGUUACAAGGAUAUACGACUUAAAAUACGCAACUUGUCCAUGUUCAAGUUGUCGCGAUUCCGUCAAGUGUCUGAACAGUCGCUGUACAGAUCGGUUUUGAUCUGCAACACCUUGAAGAGAAUCGACAGGGAAAUUGAAACUGAAGCCAAGGAGAUGCACCAAGCUUCAGCGCAUGCAGCGCAACAACAACAACAGCAACACCAUCUGCAACAUUCACUUCACCAGCAACCCCAGUACCACCAUCACCUGCACUCACACAUGCAAAUUCAGUCACCCGUACACGCUGGCAAUGGCCAUCAACAACAGCCGCUGCAGCAUCACCAUACUCAGCAGCCAAUGCUGCAUCCUCAGCAUCAGGACUAUAUGCCAGUGCUGAAUUGCGGCAGGCUAGGAGGAAAUGUAGAAUAUCAUAACCAGCAACAGCAGCAGCAACAAGCCGCUUCACAAACUUUCCACCAGCAACAGUCGCACUAUAUGUCGGAGCGAGUUAUAGAUAUCUCGCAAUCGUCUUUCCAAAAUUCGGCGGUACAGAAACCCGCAACAGCCUCAUCCCAAUUCUCGCAGAGUAACAACAGUUGCGCGGUGUCUAUGUCCGCCAGUACCACAACAACGCUGCACCCUUACGAUCAUUACCCAUUCCGGGAGGCUAAUUCUGGUCGUGUGACUCCCUUCCCCUGCCAAUCUGUGAUAUCAACACCGCCGCCAUCGCCUGCCUCAGCGUCAACAGUGUCGUCAGCGUCUGGGUCGACUCAAGUGCAAUCGGUGAGCACAGUUAGUGCAAACUCAAACUCAACAAUAUCAUCACCCGGCAGCUCACUAAUGUCCGAUACCGAUUCCGGUUAUGCGGACGACGAAUCUACGAGAUCGAUUAAUUGGAGUUCCGUUCUCAGCCUGUCAUCACAAUCCGCCUUAGACCCAUUGAACAAUAACGACAUAUUCUCCAUAUUACCUCCCGCCAAUCCUGCAACUGCUGUUCCUGUAUCGGUGACGUCCACAGUUGCAACCGGUGACACCAGCACCUCCUCUUCAAGCUCCGUCGCCAUCAGCGGCACAUUUACCACAGUCCAAUCCUCUGGUGCAUCAUUGUCGUGUUCAAACAGCUGCAGCAACGCGUCGACCACACCGCCCUCAGCAACUACCACAGCAACAUUUACCACACUCUCUACUAUCUCAUCGGCCACACAUUCACUCACCUCCUCCUAUGCCAGUAGCAUGAACUCAUCCUCGACCUGGGAAUAUGGAUUUCUUGAUAUGGAAUUCGGGCUCGGAACAGAAUUCACCGAAUUGGCACCCAGUUGCAAAUACACAUCCGCCGAUGAUCUGUUCAAGAACAGCCUGACACCGGUCUCGACGACACGCUACGACAAUGAACUCGAGCAACCAGCUCACAUUAUGGUCGGCAGUUAGUAUCAGUUGUAAAUGAGAAUGCACUAAUGU